GGCCAGAGCGAGCGGGGCGGCGCGGAGCCUCCAUGGCGCGGCGCGGCCGCUGGGGCGGUCGCAGCGGUGCGGCGCGGCUGUGACAGGCGCUCUGCGGCCGGGGCCGGCCUUUCUCCCGCCCCAGCGCCUAGCGGGGCCCUCGGCAGCGGGAGCGGCGUCCCGGGGCGCUCGGAGAGGAGCCGUGGCGGCCGGGGGCUGCCGGCGGGUCACCGCCUCUAUGAUGAAAUUUAAGCCGAACCAGACGCGGACGUACGACCGGGAGGGCUACAAGAAGCGGGCGGCGUGCCUCUGCUUCCGCAGCGAGCGGGAGGACGAGGUGCUGUUAGUAAGCAGUAGCCGAUACCCAGAUCAGUGGAUUGUACCAGGUGGAGGAAUGGAACCGGAAGAGGAACCUGGAGGAGCAGCUGUCAGAGAGGUGUAUGAAGAGGCUGGCGUAAAGGGAAAGCUGGGCAGGCUGCUCGGGAUAUUUGAGCAGAACCAGGAUCGGAAGCAUAGGACGUACGUUUAUGUUCUUACUGUCACAGAAAUACUGGAAGACUGGGAGGAUUCUGUUAAUAUAGGAAGGAAAAGAGAAUGGUUUAAAGUAGAAGAUGCAAUCAAGGUCCUUCAGUGUCACAAGCCUGUUCACGCGGAGUACUUGGAAAAACUGAAACUGAGCUGUUCACCCACGAAUGGCAACUCGGUGGUUCCCCCUCUCCCAGAUAAUAAUUCCCUAUACGUCACUUCUGCACAGACUUCUGGGUUGCCCUCUACUGUGAGAUAAACGUUUGGAUUACCUUUUUAUUCAUGUCAUCGCAAGGGGAGACGUCUUUGAUUACAUGCAGGCACCCGUAUAACUGUCAGUUCUAAGUGAAAUAUGUGAAUGUGUCAUAAUGUCAAGUUUGUUUGAAUGCAUUUUUCCUUUUUAACAAUGUAAAAUAGUAUUUCAGCAAACCAAAGCCAUAUAUGGAUUUUUUUAAGAUGCCUUAGUAGGCCAUUUUUUUAAAAAUGAAACUUGAGUAUAUAAAUUUCCACAUCUGCUAAAAUAAAAUAUGCAUCUAAGCGGUGUUCAGCUUAUUUAAGACUUGCGAGUAGUUCUGCAAGAGUACUUGCUUAGGGAAAAGCUUGAGCAACUAGUCUUAUACUAAACUCUUAUUUGGUAUCCACAAAUGAAGUGCUGAGAACUGAAGAUGGCACUGUUUGGGGAGAUGAGGGUGCUGAAGGCGGAGAUGCGUAAGUGUGACCGCAGUGAAGCACGCUACCCCGUGCUGAGCCUGCUGGGAGCAAAGGAUACCAACACUAAGCACUGUCUGCCUCAGUCAUUCCAAAAGUUGCCUUGUCCUAUGCAACCUUCACGUAACGUAGGACUAGAGCAAGGGCAAAACUUUGUCUUGCAAUUACCAAACCCAUUUGCUAUACUUUUGUUACUUGGUCAACUAAUUAACUGUCGGAAGGUGUUUGUGAAGAGCGUUAUAGUUCCUUCCCUCAUCCCUUUUUUCCUUUCAGCAUUUUGAUGCACGUUUUGUUCUCAGUGCAAUUACACGGCAGGUUCCAAAGCCUGCUAACCCUAGUGACGGGCAUCUUUUGUCGUGUUCGUGCAGUCUGUCAUUUAAAAAUGCUUAAAGGAAAAUGAGAUUUACUCCACGGGCAUCCUUAAGGUAAAGCGGUGUUCAUUAGCAAGCAUGUGUUGAGAUAUCUUGCCCAGCAGGAGCUGGUUGUGGUACUUCUUGGGCCUUGGAGACAGGUAGGUUGAUACGCUGGUGGAGGAAUAAUAUUCCUUUGUCUUACUCAGAAGGUGUGCUGAAAGCCCCAUGUUAAAGUUAGCUCUUAAAUACUUGAGUUUUACUGUUUUAACAUCAGUUGCUCUAGCUUUUUGUAAUUACCAGCUGGCCUCUUGGUGAAAUUCACCUGGAGUAAGUAAGUCAGCUACAGCUGACAACUUCCCUCUUCUUCAUUAUUUUCUCUUCUUCAGCCAAGAAGAUGAAACCUAAAUCCACUGUAGGUCUUAAUAUGUUUCUGCCAUAGGAUUAUUCUUUCUGUGUACGUAUGUGUGUAUAUGGCUUUCUUUUACAGGAACACGAGAUCUAAUUCAUAUGAACACCUUAAUUCUGAACUUCUAGGAUCUAAACCCAGCUGUCCUCUCCAGCCAGUCAAAGCAGAGGUUGAGGUAGAGCAUUACCUCACGUGUGAAGUUCAUUCUGGGUAUAGCUCAUUCUCUUACACAGCAUUUGAACCUUUGUAAAUAGUCCAAAUAGUAAAUAGUGAGUGUAAAAUGGAAAAUAAAUGUAAUUUAAACCUUUUGUUACUCAAUACACAAAUGGUUAACUUCUACUUUUUUAACACAAAUUGUGUAAAAUGCUGCUAUAAAUUAAAACUUUUUUGUGCUGUUACACUUUUUUAGGAAAAAAAAAAAUGUUGUUGCCAGAAGUUACUCCUUAGAAAACCAACCUUGUGCCAUAUGUAAAUGCAGUGGAACUGGGGAGACAGAUGUUCUGAUCUCUUAACACUGCUCUCUUUGAAGAGGCGUAAUACUACUGACAAGGGGUGUGAGCCACAAAGCUGAAGACUUCUGAGAUGUUGGGUAGGGCGUAUUUUCCAUCCGUGCAUCUCCUGUUCCAGAUCACUUCCUGAAUGGGAAAGAACACAGCUCUGUUCGGGCGCAUCUUAGCACAGCAGUGCUGCAAACAGCUUCUCCUUGCCUUCAGUCACGAGGUGAGGGGCUGAACUCACAGUGUCAAAAGCAGGGGUGUGCUAGGCUAAAUAGCACAGGGUGGAGUUGAGCAUCGUCAACUAUGUCCAAUGCUUGUUAAAACUAUACCCCUACAGAGCAAAAGUACCUCUGGCUCUGAAGUUGCCUUUUAAAGAGUGACAAAUUCAGCUUUUUGGUCGCUUACCUUCUUGCUCACUUUUUUGUUCAGUAGUCAUUUGAUCACUUUAAAUUGAGCAAACUUGUACAGGCUUUCUUGUAACAAGGUUCUGUAGAAGAUGUGAAAGCUGAAACAAGAAUCCAGAGUUCAAGCCCUUAUUCGUAAGACCGCUUCUGUCUCAGUUUCAAAUUCUUGGAAUGAAACCAAUCCAAGCUUGUAUGAGAUUUAGUGGUAAUGCAUGAUCUUAUUUUGUAACUCUUGAAUUAUGUAUUUGAUAAUAAUGUAAAAAUGUACAGUAUUGCUGUUGCUAACAAACUCCAGAGUUGAUUGCCUAUAAAUAUUUUGGUUAUUUUUUUUGGUCACACACAUUUGAGCUGUUCAGUAAUGCCAGAUGGAUUUCGAAGCAGCAUUCAUUGUAUGAACCUCUUCAGUCUCCGUGCAGCCUUCAGAGGGAAGCCCUGUGAUGCUCAGUUUGACUUGGACCCCCCUCUCAGAGACGAAUGUUCUGUGAAUUGGACAAACCUGACAGUGCGGGUAAAUUGAAAGCGCUUCAGUUGCGCUGAAAGCAAACCCAUUUUAGUAAAGGAGCGGGGGCCUGGCUUCAGCUGUAAUAAUAUCUGACCCUAAGCUUGACAGAAAGGCUCUGUUUAAAAAUCAGCUGGGAAGCUUCAGCUAUCUUUCUAGUACCUAUCCAUUAAAAUGUAAAACCAUCUUUUUUCCAUGCAUCUCUGUUUAGCUGGACCAAAUCGGCCGUGUACGGAGUAGAUACGGAACUGUCCUCACGCCAUGAAUUCUGCAUGGCAUAUCCAGAUUUGGUUCUCCAGAGGAAAGAGAAGAAGCACGUCAGCUGCAAAGCUCAGAAAGCCACCACUUCCUGCAUUAAGUUCUGUGCCUACAGCGGCAUCAAAGGGAAAUAGCCUUACAGUUUAGAAACACAGAGCCGGGAGUAAGUGGAAUAGAUCAGUGUUUCUUUUGGUGUUUAAGAAGGGAAGCGUUGCACAGAGGCUGCUGAAGUGGAAGAUCUUAUUUUGGUGCUUACUGCACCCUGAGUUAACCUCUCACUGGUCUGCUAACAAUGUGCUGUUUAAAAAAAAAAAAAAAAAAAGCAAACACUUGGUUUACUUACCGCCAUGGUUUGUGAAGUGAAAACUGAAGGGGGUGGGGUGCAAAAUAAGUUGUAAACAUUUUGACCUGCUUGCAUGGAUUUUCUUUAAAGAUUGAUGUAAGAAUUUUGACUUUUUAUAUUUGAGAAAUACCAAAAUAAAAUCUAAAUUAGUCCUGUGGA